UCAGCGCCGUUCCUCCGAGUGAGAGAUGGACAGUGUGUGCAGCCACAGUGUGUUCGUGCUGCAGCAGCUGCAGGAUCAGCGUAUCCAGGGUCUGCUGUGCGACUGCAUGCUGGUGGUGAAGGGCGUCUGCUUUAAAGCCCAUAAGAACGUGCUGGCGGCCUUCAGCGCCUACUUCCGGUCUCUGUUCCAGAACUCCCCGGCGCAGAAGAACGAUGUUUUCCAACUGGCCAUUCAGGACGUGGGCGGCAUCGGACAGGUUCUGGACUACAUGUACACAUCACAUCUGGAGCUCAACCAGGACAACGUUCACGCGCUGAUGGAGAUCGGACAGAGCCUGCAGGUGUUGAACAUCCUGAACAUGUGUCAUGCGUUCCUGAAGCCGUGUGUGUCGAGCGACGUGUCCCUCCCUCUGGCCGAUCAGGACUGCCUGUUGGGAAGCUCUCCUCCAUCCGAAGCUCCUCCUCCUCCCGCAGAUGAGCAGCAGAAGCUUCGAGAGACGAGCCGCCAGCCGCCGCACGGCUACAAGCUCAGGAACUUCUACACCAGACAGUAUCUCAAGCAGAGCGGAGGCUUCCCGCCGGAGGAGCCGCUCCACACGAGCGUGAGCUCAUCACAGGCCGAGGCCACGCCCAGCUCAGAGGCCACGCCCCCCGUCCCAGAGACCACGCCCAGCUCAGAGGCCACACACCCUGGCCCAGAGACCACGCCCAGCUCAGAGGCCACGCCCCCUGUCCCAGAGACCACGCCCAGCUCAGAGGCCACACACCCUGGCCCAGAGACCACGCCCAGCUCAGAGGCCACACCCCCUGUCCCAGAGACCACGCCCAACUCAGAGGCCACGCCCCCACACGUCCUGCGCCCUAAGAAAGAUGUUUACCUGAAGAAGUUCAACUAUCUUCGCUCACACGUCAGUCCGGAGGAAGAGGAAGGCGAGCGCUGCGCUGGAGCCGGUGCGCCGUGUGACCGGCCAGGGGCGACCUCUGACCUCUCCGUGACCUCUGACCCAGCAGAAGCGUCCGAGCUGAAAACCACACCUGCGGCAGAGCCUGAUGAUGCGGAGUCGAGGGGUCACGACGAGAGGUCAGAGGUCAGCAGCAGCAGUAAUAAUAAGUAUUGCUGUGAGGUUUGUGGAAAGACGUUUAAACAUCCCAGCAACCUCGAGCUGCACAAACGCUCACACACAGGUGAGAAACCGUUUCAGUGUAACGUGUGUGGUAAAGGGUUCUCACAGGCGGGAAACCUGCAGACGCAUCUCCGCCGGCACUCGGGAGAGAAGCCCUACAUCUGUGAGCUCUGCGGGAAGAGUUUUGCGGCGUCAGGCGAUGUUCAGCGACACAUCAUCAUCCACUCGGGAGCCCGACCACACCUGUGUGACGUCUGUGGACGAGGCUUCAGUAACUUCAGCAAUCUGAAGGAGCACAAGAAGACCCACAGCUCAGAGAAGGAGUUCACCUGUGAACAGUGCGGGAAAUCCUUCAACAUGCAGAGAAAACUCUUCAAACACAAACUCAGACACAGCGGAGACAAACCCUACUGCUGCCAGACCUGCGGGAAGUGUUUUGCCGGCUCCGGGGAUCUCCAGCGUCACAUGCGUUCUCACACCGGUGAGCGUCCGUACGCCUGCGACUCGUGCGGGAAGAGCUUCACACGCACCGCAGUUCUGCGCAGACACCGAAGCACACACUCGUGUGUGUCUCACUGCAGACCUGGAGACUCUUCAUCAUCAUCAUCAUCAUCAUCAGUGUGUGUGUCUCACUGCAGGCCUGGAGACUCAUCAUCAUCAUCAUCAUCAGUGUGUGUGUCUCACUGCAGACCUGGAGACUCUUCAUCAUCAGUCUCUCACUGCAGACCUUCAUCAUCAUCAGCUGGAGUCUCAGCACCGGCCCGACCCGCAGCUUCAUCAUCAUCAUCAUCUUCAUCAGCGGUGUGUGUGUCUCACACCGAGGGCCUGUGCAGCAGCGGCGCACUCUGGGGACGAGCCAUGAAGACCCUGCAGAGCGACACUGAGACAUGA